AUGGCUGAUCCUUUUAGCAUUGCGACCUCGCUUGCAAAGACGGCGCGAAUCUGCUACCGUUUCGUCAGGCAAAUGGAGGGUUGUCCGGACGAGGUCAAGCGCCUGAACUCUGAGGUAGCGAACUGGCAUCCGCAACUUGAGGGUCUUGCAGAGCUCAUGAAAGGCGACAGCCCAUCCGCGAUGCGUUUGAGAGACAAACUUGAAGAUGGAGGUUUGCUUGAUGUCAAGAACCUUGUUGACGAAUUGAACAAAACCUUGGAGCCAUACGAACGGGAUCUCAGCAUGCGGAGGAAGGUCCAGUGGGUCAGCCGUACAAAGAACAAAGUAAAAGAACUCUUGAGCGAACUUCGGCGAUACAUGGAACACGUCAUGAACAUCGUGCAGAUGGAAAUGCACAUCAUCGCUGGAGUCCUCUUGGGAAAGGUCGGCGACAUGCAAACUUCUUCUCUUGACGAGUACACAAGACGAAACAUUUUGGAGUGGCUCAGACCUCGAGGCAUUGAGGCCGACGAAUUCCACCGCCAAAAACGAGCCUUGAGACAGAAUGGCACCUGCGACUGGCUUGCUGAGUCGCCCUCUUGGAUUGAUUGGUGCAAGGGUGGCUCGGCCGUGCAUUCUCGAUUCCUCUGGAUCCGCGGACUCGCCGGUGCUGGCAAGACUGUUCUGGCUUCCUUCGCCAUUGACGAAGUCUUGUCCAAGUACAGACACAAGGGUGUUUCUUACUACUACUGCUCACAUGAGCGCCAAAAGGAGGGCUACACCUCGGCAGAGGAGGCCUGCUCAUUCCUUCGAUGGGUCAUCAGGGAUCUGACAAGUCAAGUCACCCGUCCCACGGCCGGAACUACAGGUCGCCAAGCGAAAAUCCCCAAAAUACUCCACGAUCUGUACGACAAGCACGAUUUCGAUAAUGGAGCCUUGCUGAGUUGCCUGCUAGCUGUGACAGAGCACAUCGCACAGGACUUCAAGCAACAGGUAUACAUCAUCGUUGACGCAGUUGACGAGUGCCCGUCGCCCCGAGAGGAGUUUCUGCGCGUCAUGACUACCAUCGGCACCGAUCAGGCUUGGAAACAUGUGUCACUCUGCUUCACGAGCCGGAAUGAACAUGACAUCGACAAAGCCGUCCAACCUCGGAAAAUCCUCAUACCACGGAGCCCUAGAACUAUUCGCAGAAGGCCCCAGUCACAAAAUCCAUCAAGGAGCUUGCAGGGACAAGUCAAUGCCGCUACUGGUGGGUUCGAUGGGGCGAUGUCGCCUCCUGGUCUAUCCCCUGCACGAGGUGAAAGUUCGCGAGGUCGGUCUCCUUCUCUACAAAUCUGGCAAUUUCCAAAUUCGAACCACAGAACGACGAGAUCAAUGGACAACCUACCGCAAGCAGACGAUACGUCGUUCAGCCACAAUAACAGGGAACAAGCAACCUCUCCCAGUCAAGCCGAGGUGACUCGCGGCUUGGAUCUAAUGGAUAUAGAUCCUCCAGAAAAGAAGGAAGGCUGCACUAUCCUUUCCAUGGACGAAAACCCAGACGUGAUGAGGGCCAUCCGUACCUUUGUACAAAGCCAGCUGGAGGGUGACGUGUCGUUCGACCGUGAAGGUGUAGAUGAGGUUGUUACCCUGAUUGCUCAAAGAGCAAGAGGCAUAUGGGCCGCAUGCCAAGUCGACAUGAUCACUCGCUCAAAACUAUGCGACAUUGACUCGAUCUCCCGAAUGCUCGACACGAUCCCAACUGACAUCUUUGGCACUUACGAGCACAUGAUCAUGAAGCUCUUGCCCAACGAUCGAGUUUUGGUGGCUCAUUAUACAGUCAAGGAGUACCUCUUUGACGGGAAGACCGCUCUGGGACCAGCGAAAGACUUCGCGUUGUCCGUUGAGGCUAUCCAGAGCCUGGAGUUACUAGUCAUAUUCAACGGUUUGCAGCAAUUCGGUAAACAGCGGCCUGCUGACGCAAGAUUGCCCACUCGCUACGAAGAGUACUGCCUCAGGAUGACCGAUAAGGCACUCAGAACCCGCAGAGGCCCCAUCCUUCGAGACAAAACAGUUUGGAAAACUGUGACCGAGUGUUUGAAGUGGAACAAUGACCACCACUCACCGAGAUCCGGGGCCUGGGCGAAAACUUCACCAUUUGAGCAAAACAAGGAGCCGCAGCAUGAAGAAACAAGCGUGCUUGUGAGCCUAUUGCUGCUCCAGUGGCCGGAACUCGCUACGGUGUACCUUGCAGACCUUGCAGAGGCGAGAAAGAAGGACAUCUGGAGGGACAAAUUCCAACUGGCCAGGAGCUUCAAGAUCGAGGGAACUAGCCCGAUCAGCUUGAUCCAGAUGUGCGUGACCCGCCGGGACAUUGCCUUCCUACAAGUACUUUUCGAUGCCAGGGCCGACUUCUCGCGUGAGAAAGACCUGGUUAUGGACCUCUUCUACAACGCCUACGGCCAUCGGAGCCUGAACGACGAGGACGCAGGCGAAAAGACCGGCCGCAUGCUCAAGAUGCUGCUCGAGCGCGGCGUGCGGCCCGAGGCACCCGGCUACCUUUUCACGCCGCUGCAGUUCGCCGUCAGCAACCUCGAGGAGCGCUGGGUUGAUGAUCUCCUCAGCGAGGGUGCAGACCCCAGUGCCAUCGGCGACCCCGAUGGGGUUCAUCCCUUCGGUGCUGAACACGAUGACAUCCACGGCCACUUGACGCCGUUGGAGAUCUGCAGCCAAACGACGCCCGAGUGGCUCCAGUCAGAUUUGGAUGCUGAGCUGAUAGAGGACGUCAGACAGCGAGUAGCCGAGUCGCUGCGUCGGUGGGGAGCUGUGGAUUCCGGAAGUGCCCCUCCCCUUCUGGAAGACUCGAAGAGCAUCGUCAUUGUUGACGACGAUGAGUAG